AAUAAAUGUUUUGUUUUCCAGGAUUAAGGUAUGUCUGACCUUGAAUAUUCAAGUAGUGGCAAUGAGCAGUUGGGCGAGUUGACCUUUUAUACCUGUUAUGAUGAUAAUAGCUGCUUUCCCGAUAAGAGGCAUACAAAAGAGCCAAUUUGGAGCUCAAGUUUGUCAGAGAGAGAAAGGACAUGGAAAAGCAUGCAAUCGGAUAAAUCCAGUUACCAGAAAAUCAUUUGCCUUGAAUCUGACAAUGACCAAGAUACUGUAAGCAUUGAAAGCAGUGACUUAGAUGACGAAAUAGAUGUAAAUUUGAGUCCACUGCCAUUACGAGAGAGAUUGCUUAACCCUAACAACUGUUGCAAAGAAAAUAAUACUUCCAACACGACAGGUAAUCAGAAAAAUUAUGAGGAAGAAAACGUCGCGGAAAAGAAAAAGAAGUUAGACAAGGAGAAUGUUGACGAUGUUUUCAACUGUUCGGCAAAACCGUUACUGAGCUCAACUCGUCUUGAUAACGAACAUGUCAAAGGUUCUAAGUUAAGAACUGGUAAUUUGUCAUUAAGCACAUUUGAACGCACCGUUCAGCGGCAUUCAAUUUCGACGACUGAUGAAAGUGACGCUGAUGCUGCGCUCGAAGAUUUAUUCAUCAGAGUGAAAACUCCGAAAGGGAAGUCAAUUUCUGUAACUUCAACGAGCAAAACGAAAAAGGAUACCGUCAAGAAACAUACCGAUAAACUUCCGCGACGCUGUCAAUCAAGUAGCAACCCGAUUAUGAAAACCGUUGAAGACGAUUUAGCAGACCAACUUCAGAAUGUAAAUAUUCAAGAGAAACCUGAUUUGAAAACGCCCAAGGCGUCACGCUCGAAAUCAACGAACACGCCUGGGCUAUUGCAAUCAAGUUCUAAGAAUAAAUGCUGGUUUUUGACCCAGGAUAAAAUUGACCCGAGUCGCUAUGCGGAGUAUAUUGGAGAUUUCCACUUCAUGAGCAACAGACAGCUGCAGCUGAACAGAGACAAGCAAACCAGAAUGUUGUUCACAGUUUUCAACGAAACUGUUUUUGAAAAUAUGUUCUCUAAUAACACCUUCAAAAUUGAAUGGAAUAAAAAUUUGACAUCCACUGCUGGGCGAACUAACUGUGUAUCGAAGAAGGAGGUCUACAGAAAUGUAGAUGGAUCAAAAGGAAGUAAAGUUGUCGAGAGAUUCGCCACUAUUGAACUGGCAACAAAAAUUCUUGACAGUGCUGACAGACUGCGAGACACUCUGAUCCACGAGAUGUGUCACGCGGCCGUGUGGGUGCAGACGGGAGAUAGGAGUGCAGGUCAUGGCCCACUGUGGAAAAAGUGGGCCAACUGGGCCACUCUGUUGUUCCCCUCUCUGCCUAAUAUCACCCGCUGCCACAACUAUGCCAUUAAUUACAAGUUCUACUACAUCUGCACCCAGUGCCACUCACAGCUCGGUAGAUUCAGCAAGUCAGUCGAUCUUGCAAAACAAGUCUGUGGUCGAUGUCACGGCAAAUUUCAAUUAGUGAGAGGGGAGGAAGUGAACAAAUGGACUGAAUUGGAAAGAGUCGAGCAAUUGGGAAAUGUUGGUGUUCAAGAGCAGAAACAGAAGACUCCGAGGACUCCCAAUGUCUAUGCGCAGUUUAUUAAAGACAACUGGACUACUGUCCAAGCCAAGAAUCCAGGAAUGCCGUUUGCGGAAGUUCGAAGAGAGAUCAACAAGUUGUACCAUCAGAAGAAUCUAAAGAAAUCUGGCAAUCACGAGGUUCAGAUUGAUUGAAUUUAAACUGUUUCGCGUGAACGUUUGACUGUGUUUGAUUUUGUUGUUUUGAAUCUAUUGUUUUAGCUAGGCUCACUUGAUACAUUCUAAUCAAUUGAA